AUGAAAGAAAGAGGCAAAGCUGUGGAAGUGAAUAACAAUAAUAUUGAUUUUUUGCAAGACUACAGCACCUCAUCAAAUGUCCCAUGUAAGAAACAUCCGCAAUCAUCUUCCGUUGGUGUAUGUGCGUAUUGUCUCAAGGAUCGUUUGUUCAACUUGGUUUGCUCAGAUUGUGGUGAGCAGCGUUUCUCAUCUUGCUCUUGCUCUGAAAACUCCUCCAACCCUCGAACCUCGUGCACUGGUGAGGUAGGCAGCGUUGGUCGUGUCUCGUUCUUGGUAGAGAAUGUAAACAAGGAUCAAGUUGCAAAUCCAAAUUCCAAGCCUAAAAGCAAUACUAAUGGAAAUAAAUCAGACGAAGCUUUCUUGCUCAAGAGGAGCAAUAGUAGUUGCAUUGAGAUCAAGAAAAAGAAUGGCUUUUGGAGAAUCGGAAGGUUGUUUAGGAAAAAGAGAGACAAAGAUAAUCAUUGUGGUAAAAGUGUUGGUGGUAUUGAUGAGAAAAGUGAUUUGUGGAUUGUUGAUUACAUGGGUGUGUCAAGGUCAAGGUCUCUUUGUAGUUUCAGGGGUGGUGGAUUUUUUGGAUCGGAAGAUGGAAGUGACUUGAUGAACUUUUCGGGUGCUAGGAGCUCAAUCUCAGCUGCUAGGAGUUCUGGUGUCAAUGGUGGAUUGUUUUUGGAUCCUGAAAGGAAAAGUGGUUUUGAUUGUGAAAGAAGAGACAGUACUUUAAAGGAGUUUGAUAUUGCAGAUAUUAGAGGUAUGAGAAAAAGUGUUGGUGGUGGUGGUCUCUUAGAUGUUGAUGGUGGUUUUAGUGGAGCAAACAGGCGGGUGUUUUCUCUCAAUGAGAGUUAUUUCACUGGUGGGGAUGAUUCAGGCUUCAUUGACUUAAAAUUUGACUUUCAAUCAGAGUCGAAAGGAGAUGUCCCUGCUGUGAAGAAGGGUGUUUUUUCUGCAUUUGGCAGCAUGAGGGAUGGUGGUGAUUUUAUGACACAUAAAUCUGGCCGUUCUAUUGAUAAUGCACUGGUUGGAGAUGAAGCCUUCUGCAAUGGAGGUUCAUGUAGGCUGACAGUGGAUGAAAGAGGAAUCAAAAAGAGCAGAAGGAGUUUCAAAGGGUGGCGGUGGAUUUUCAAAGCACCAUCCAAAUUGGACCAGUCCCGAGAAGAAAAUUGA